ACAAUAUUUUACUUCCUGUUUUCAACAUGGCGGGUUUGACAUGCAUUUUCAGUUUUCUUUGCUUUUUCGCGUCAUUUUAUUCAAUUGAUUGUUCAAAUUAUCAACCUAGAGCAAUUCAACUUACAGAAGACACAUGGCAAGAUAUUCUGCAAGGCGAAUGGAUGGUCGAGUUUAUGGCGCCAUGGUGUCCAGCUUGUAGGGCAUUUACAGAUACUUGGGAUAAUUUUGCUAAGAAGUGGAGUAGAGAUUUAGAUAUACAAGUUGGAGUGAUAGAUGUAACAACCUGUCCUGGUCUUAGUGGACGUUUCUUGAUCACCGCACUUCCUUCGAUAUACCACGUGAAGGAUGGAAUAUUUCGGCAGUAUGUGAGUGGUAGAACCGAAAGUGACCUGAUAACAUUCAUUGAUGAUAAAAGAUGGCAAGAUGUACAGCCUGUCUCCAAAUGGACUGCUCCAGACUCCAUUCAGAUGGGUAUGGUUGGACUGUUUUUCAAAAUGGCAAUGAAAAUAAGAGCAUUUUAUACAUUAAUGACAGAUGAGUAUGGUAUACCAGAGUGGGGAUGUUAUGUUAUAUUUGCUCUACUAACUAUAGUCACAGGUCUUCUCCUUGGUCUGUUAUUGGUGUGUUUAUGUGAUGUGAUCAGUCCAACAAAAGAUAUUCCUCCACCCAUACCACAAGGCUUGAUGCAGCCACAUAUAGAUAAGGAAGGAGACAUUAUAGAUGACACAGAGACAGAAGAUGGUGAUGCUCCAGUAAGACGGAGAAAUGUACAGAAAAAUCCUGAUGAUGAAACAGAUGAUAAAAAAGCUGGCACUAAAGAUAAAGAAGAAAACACAGAUGAAAAAGAUUCCAAAAAAGAUAAAUGAUUUAGCUUUAAGACAUUUUAUGUUAUUCAAUUAUUUAUGUUUUAUAAUAAAAUGUGAAGUUUGAAGAUGCUAGAUGGAAUUUUAAGUGAAUUUUAUUUAUAAACUGAUUCAGUGAAUUUUGUAGCAUGUAAUUGGAGGUUAUGUACAGAUACAGAAAAUUUCAAAAAUAUUUCUAUUUACUUUAUGCUAUUUAUUUUUUAGUGUCUUGCCAAUGUCUAACUUAAAAAUGCUGUUAUGUUUCAGUACUCUUGAAAAGAAAUGUUAUUAGAAUUGUAUGUAAAGUAAUAUACUUAUGCUGCAUGGAUCUAAAUCCAUAAAACUGUCUUAGAAUUUCAGUGAUGGAUGUGAUAGGGAUGGAAAAAUGUUGCAAAAAUGGAUAACUUGGUUAUUCUUUGAUGAUUAAAUGAUAGGAGAUAAGGUCAAGUUUUGGCUGCUGGGAUAUUAGCAUGGCAUACACAAAUACAUUAUACAUAUUGAACUUGCAAAUUCAUUUGAAAUCAUUGCAUAACUGUGUAGAUUUUAUAUUAAGGAGUUUAAAUGUGACAUUCUGAGGUUUGUUUAUAACAUGACAAAUUAUGUUAAUAUAGUUGUGCCUGUUUGCUGUUACACUAUAGGUUAAGUGUGUUUUAAAACUUGCUUUUACAUUCCUGUAUAUGGUUUUAAUUGCAUAUCUAGAUUUGGUUUUUAUGCUGAGUUUCAGAUUGUUUCAUUUUAGACUUGUACAAUUGAUUUUAAUGUUUCAUAGACCACAUAAUGAUUCUACAUUACUUUUAUUGUUGUUUUUUAUUUUCAAAAGAUUAUUUUCUAACACAUGUUAUGAUCUGUUUUUAACAUGAUUAUGUUAAGAAGUUAAAUACAGAGCCAAACUUAUCACAAUAUUGUAAAGACAGUUUUUUUGGAGGGAUUUUAAGUUUAGGGGUGUGAUGAUAGGCUGAUAUCAUUAUUAGCACUAUGUCACUUUAGUGAUAUAUUUAUCUCCCUUGAUCUGUAAUGAUUCAAUUAUAACUUACUAACUUGUUCUAUAAUCCAUCUGUAGAAAAUUGCCUCCCUUGUCCCUUGACAUUUCUCUUUUAGAAUGUUCAAAUUAUGUACACUUAAUUUGCAGAGUAAUAAACUAAAAAGAUGCAGUGCACAUGUAUAGUUGAUUACUUUUAUCAUUUACACCAAUGUUAUUGCCUGCAUUUCAAUUGAGUUUCAAUUUCAUUUAUUAUUUAAUACGUAUUACCUUUAAUCUCUCCCGCAUAGUUUUUUUACUUCUGUUUUAUUGAAAUCCAGCAGAAAUUAUUACCUCCCUUACAAUACAAAAUCUAUUUAACUAUGUCUUUAACCUGCAUAUUGAAUUUCCUGAAACUUUAAACAUGCUGUUCCAAAUUCAAUACUGCACAAAUCCAUUACAUAAACUUAGGCUAAUUUCAUGUGUUACAUCAAAUACUUAUAUUGAUAAAUAUUGUUGUUGGACAUGUAUGUAGUGAUAAUGUACAUGGUAUAACUGUUACAAUGCAUGUGUAUAAAUCAAAUACUUUUUUCCUUCAGAACUGCUGAUAUUUGAUUGUUGUGGUUUUAAUUUUUGCACAAAUCAUAUGUCACUCUGUCUGUAUGUACCUCUGUGUUACUUUGAGUAUACUAAUGUCUUUGUUUAGUACAUGUAUAAAGAUUUUAAAAUUUGUAUUAAAUUCUGUAUUGGCAUUUUCAUAAAAGUAGAAUUAAGAAUUUUUUUUUACCUUUUUCAUUUCAUUACAUCUACAUAGUUUGAACUCUUUUUUUAAACCCAUAGUUAACAUCUUACUUGAACAUUAGUCUGAGGUUUCACUGCUAUGGCAAAUUUAUGAAGAAAAUUUUUGUUAAAUUUAACUUGGUUUGCAAAGCAUGGAAUAUAUUAGAAGUUUGUUUGACAAAAAAAUCUUUAUUACAGAUACAUAUAUCUAGUUUUUAUUAGUGUUUUAUGAAGUUUAAAUAAGUUUAUCCAGUUGUCAUACUGUAUUUAAGUAGGUUUUUUAAUAACAAGAUAUUGUUAAGAUGUAUUCUUCAAUUUAAAUAUUUUCUGCAAGUUUAUUUAAUUUAUUGUUUGUAUUAACUGUGUAAAAUGUAAAUGAUCAAGAUAAAGAGGUCUUUAUGAAGUGUUUGAAAGUGGUAUAUUAGCAGUGUUGUCAUUUUAUAUUAAAAAAAAAUUGGGAAGAUGUUGGCCUUUUCUGAAUGUACAAAAAGUGUUGAUGUUCCCAGUUUACAUCAGUAAAACUUACAAAAGCUUUUUCCAUACAUCAUUCUUUAUUACCUGCAGCAUAUUAUUGGGCAUUUAUGGUUAACCUAUAAAAACAAAAGUUAAUUGUACAGGGUAACUGGGUUUGUUUUUUUAAGGGGGGAAGUGGGGACAUUUUUUCCAGUAUUCACGCUUCACAUAUUACAAGAUUAAAAUUUCCCAAAUUGAUAAGAAUAGGUUAUAGCAAAAGGAAAAAUAAGUCUUUAUGCUAAUGCUUUCUGGUCUUGAGAGCAUUAUUGCUUGUUUCAGUAAGGUUAUCUUCAAUCAUCAGACUUUCAUUAAAUUAUAAUGAUAAGAGUAUGUAUAAUGUAAUGACAGUAGUAAUAAAAAUCGUUGUUGACCUUAAAAUUCUUUAUGGAUGGAUAGGCACUUGUGAUUUUUAAGAGUAGGAAGCCACCAACUGGUAUGAGAAAAGUUUCUUGAGUGUAUACAUACUCUAGGUAGUGUUUAGCACAGGAUCCUGGCAUGUUUAAUGCGCCAGUAAAAACUUGAUUAUUGCUAUUUUACCAGAGUUGGUUUGUUAAAACUCAACCAAAACUUAAUCUGUUUUUGAAAUUCAAAAUUAACAUGUGCCAAAGGGUGAUGCUGGAAGUGUAAUGAAAUCGUAUUGUAAGAUUAACCAAAGUCUUUCAUAUGGCUUAUUGGAACAAAUAUUUUCAUCAUGUUUGGUUUAAAUGUUUUGAAUCAGAAAAAAAUUAAGUCAAGAGUAUGUCGCUUUUUCAAGUAUGUUUAAUGAAAUUUCAGAUGUUUUGGGCAAAUUAUCUUAAGUUUAGCAUUGAAUAGUUUAAAUUAAAAAAUGUGCUUUAAAUAAUUUUAAUGAGAAUUCCUUUAAAAGAUUUUAGCUACAACUUUGUAAUAUAUAUUUGUCUCAUAUUGUGAGAGUAAAACCAAAAUGUUUUAACAUUUUAUGUUUUACAGAAGUAUAAUUUAGCUCAGCUAUGUGCAACUGUUUAACAGUUGUAAAAAUAAAAAGCUGUAUUGAUAACAUUAUAUUUAGAAGAAUUUUCAUAUUUGAAAUUCGCAAUGUCAUUUUGUGCUCACUGAAGUAUGUACUUAUAUCACAAAUUUAUAUGUCUGAAUAACUAGAUCUAUGCCUAGGAU